CUUGACUUCUCCCUUGCUAUUCUAUCUCCUGUUCUAAUCCUACUCUAGAAAAAAAUUAACUUGGUCGACAAAAUGCGCUUUGCUGCCGUCGUUGGUCUCCUGGUUUGCGCAACGGUGCCGGUCACCGUCUCCGCUUGUGAAGGCGAUUGCAUCGUCGGCAUCACGAACGCAUUCCUCACGAACUACACCCGCCCUGUAGAUUUUGUUAUGGACAACGUUGCAAAGCAGAUCUCCAACAUGCUGCCGACGCAUCCGGGACUCGAAACCUCGCGGAACUACCUGCGCCUGUUUAUGGACGCAUACCAGAACGACGCCUACGACGGUAUGGAGACGGCGAUCUUCCCGAGCUACUUCCACGGCAAGUGCCAGCAGGAUGGCGUCGACCCUCCCGGCUGUCCGAACCCUGACUGCCCCGUCGUCUGCGGCACGCCCGGCUCCCUCGUGCACUUCUACCCCCAGCUCCGCUACAUCGCGUUCAACCAGACCAAGCACCACCUGCAGAUGCUCGCGACGCCCGGGUCCGACGCCUACCGCCAAGUCGAACAAAACGUGCUGGACGCCGACGAUGCGAAGACGCGGCGCGCGAUUCGAAUCUACCGACGCUCUAGCUACGGAACUGUCCCGCUCUACUUGACCAGACGUGAGGAAGACAUGAAGACCAGACUCAAGGAAAUUAUGCAAAACGUCGGACCAAUGCUCUUGCAGACCUGCGGCGGCUUGGCGGACGGCGAGACCAACGGGCUUUCGGACUGCAGCUGGGAACAGGCGAUGAAGGAGUAUAUUCUCACCUUCCCUUGAUCAACACACUGUCUCUACUGUCUGUCUUUGUCACACAAAAUGUAUCCUUCUGUUCGAUCCUGAAAUUAGAACACGCUGGAGUCGUCGAGCUCAGCGGUGACAUCCGGCCCAGCAGACUGCACUGUCUACAUUUGUACACACGUCAACGAGCAUGGUCAGCAUCCCGACAAUUCUGGGCACCUCAAUAAUACUUCCAUCCAUCACUCUGUGUUCCGCCAGGGCUAUGCGGUUCUGGGGGAGCAACAGCUUCAGCGGGCAGCGGGCCCGUUGGCGCAGAUGUUCCUCCAGCACGCCGACCAGUGUUCAUCCCUUCCGAGACUGUUCCUUGAGGUGCACCGCACCCUCGUGGGCUCUCACCGCAAGGACCGACUGCCCGCCGUCGCGCGUUACGCGCAGACGAGACUGGACGUGCAGGUACCCCUGGCCAAGCGGCGCGACGGUGCCCGCGUCGUCCGGCGAGGCGCCCACGCCUGAGUCGCCGUCCGACGAGUGCGCCGCGGCCGCGCCGCCAUCGCGCACGCCGAGGCCGUUCUGCGGGAACACGAUGGCCUGGCCCGUGCGGAGCGAGACGAUCUGCGGCGGCUACAGUGUCAUGCUGCUAUGCGGAGCGCAAAACGCACCUUCGCGAAGAGCUCGUCGAACGUGUCUUCGGCCGCGGAGACGUGGUUCGUGAGCAGGCGCAGCCAUUUCGGCGAUGAGAAUCGGUGUGCGAUGAUGAAUGAGCAGAGGUCGAGGAACUUGUUCGGGACAACUGUGGGCUCCUGCGUCGAGAUAACGACGCGUGUCGCCAGGUGGCGUUGCUGACGGAUGACAGACAGAAGAGAGUCCGUCAGGCGGGAUGAAGCGCCUGUCUGAGAGUCAGACAGAUACUGCAAAGAACGAUGAGCACGAGGAUGGGCAGCGGAUUGUAAAAUUCGGAGCGAUAGCAAGACCUCACCUUGUGCGCCUCAUCAAGCACGACUAGCUUUCCAGCCGCGUCGACGUCCGCUUCGAUGAAGAGACCUAAGAUGAGAUCGAAGAGUCCACAUGCAGAUGAACCGUCCAUGAAGGGCGAGGAUAAGCUACAAGACGAAUCAACAAUCUACGCCGCAUAAGACUCGGUACAACUCACUCUAUUAUCGUAAGCUGUCCCUUGCGGAAGUGGCUGGAUACACGAUUAUAGGCAUUGCCGCCCUCGAGACAGGAGUCCAGCAACGAGAGCCGA